AUGUUGAGAGAAUAUAAACUAGUCGUGGUAGGAGGCGGUGGUGUUGGAAAAUCGGCACUUACAAUACAGUUGAUUCAGUCGCACUUUGUGGACGAGUAUGACCCCACGAUCGAAGAUAGUUACAGGAAGCAGUGCACCAUAGAUGGCCAACAAGUCUUGUUGGAUAUCUUGGAUACUGCAGGACAAGAGGAAUACUCCGCCAUGAGAGAGCAAUAUAUGCGAACAGGGGAAGGCUUCUUGCUUGUGUACUCCAUCAAUUCGAAAAACUCGUUGGAAGAGUUGCAGCUGUUUUACGAGCAGAUCCAAAGAGUCAAAGAUACCGAGCAAGUGCCGGUAUUGGUUGUGGGAAACAAAUGUGAUUUGGAAAUGGAGAGACAAGUCAGCUAUGAAGAAGGAUUAGCGUUGGCCAAUUCGUUUAAUUGCCCAUUUUUGGAAACUUCUGCUAAGCAACGAAUCAAUGUCGAAGAAGCAUUUUAUGACUUGGUUAGAUUCACGAGGGAUACGGAAGCAGCUGCUAGACAGCAACAGCAGCAGCAGCAGCAACAACAGCAACAACAGCAAUCACAGCAAUCACAACAGCAAAAGGGACUGAAUAACCAAGCAGGAGGCGCAGCAGGCGCAGGCGGUGUAGCUAGUCCUCAGUCUGGCAAACGGAACCGUUUCUCGAACGGCUCGGCUGCCAAUGGCAAGCCUCUACAGAAUGACAACGUACAAUCGACGAGUAACGCUGCCCGGAAGCAGCACUCGGAAGCUACCGCGUCGCCGGAAAAGUCGAAAUCUGGAUGUUGUGUGAUUUCCUAG